UAGACUAGCUGUCGCUUCGUAUCACAGACAUAACCCUAACCCGGCUCCGUCGCAGAGCAACACCACGAGGGACAGUAUAGAAAUACUACCGUCAGAUGCGAGCUUGUUAUAGUUAUUCUCCUCUCAGCUGACGCGGUUUGCCGCGGUCUUAAUUUCUUAUAGUUUGAAUUUAAAAAUUGCGCAGCAAGUCGACGGACGAGCCAAUACCAGCAACAAUAACAUAUUAGCUGAGCUAUACUGUAAAGGUGAGUCAGUGCAGAUGGAGCGGUACAGAGCUCGCUUCAGGACUGUUCUGCUUGUUACGAUGGCAAGCUUGUUAUUACUGGCGCUUUACCAGCGUAUGGAGACGUAUUCACCACAGACCAUCUACGUGCGGCGGCCCGUGGCAAAAUUACAAUCAGAUGAGGUGGUUAUCGCUUCCCCAUCUGCGAGCCGACAAUACAAGACAAAGUUUCCCCCAUCGCGGACAGGUCGGCAAAACACGGGCAUCGAUGGGAAUCUAAAGGUUCCCAACGUGCUGCACUACGUCUGGUUCACCGACCCCAAAGCAAAGGGCGCCGCACAUCGUUCCAUGAAUCUGUACCGUAUGCUUGGUCCGAUCAGUGCCUCCAGGAACCUGCGACCAGACCGCAUUAUCUUACACAGUAACCAGCGCCCGAGUGGCCGCUGGUGGGAUGAACUGUUUCGCAUAGUGCCGAUAGAGCACGAAUACUACCCCGAUGUUAAACGUGUGUUUGGCAGGCCAGUCUAUGAACUAGCACAUCGCUCUGACGUGGCGCGUAUUGAUAUCAUACGAUCACACGGCGGCAUCUAUCUGGACUUUGAUGUCGUCGUUCUCAAGUCGUUUGACCCGCUUCGUGUGCACGACUGUGUACUUGGUGUUGAGACAGGCAUUAAGGUAAAGACAAGAAACGUGACCAACGCAGGCGUGAUCAUCGGUGCGAAAAACGCCACUUUUCUGAACAUGUGGUACGAUGGCUACCGUGACUACCGCAAAAAUGAUUGGCUGUACAACUCGGCAUUCGUGCCGAAUAAACUGCGUGCGAAGCACGGGCAGCUGCUGCACGUGGAUCCGAAUAUUUGGCACGACACUUCUGGAAACAUCUUCAAAAGUUUCGCCGACCUAAGUCACACGUAUGCCUAUCACAUGUGGGUAAAUAAUCAUUUCCUGAAUGUGCCGGGCGUUAACAAGCAUGAUAUAAAACCCCAAGACGCCUUCCUCAUGAAUAACACCUUCGGUGAACUACUGCUCAGGUUUUACACUCAUGAUUACUGGUUGGUCAAUACUUCAGUUCCCGCUUCCCCGUAGAUGGCUGUAUUUGUUUGGAAAACGGCCGUACACUGUAGUUACGAGUAAACACUGUUCAUCCCAGCCGACCCUUCCAGCCGAGCUUGAACUAUGACACAGGAGCGCGAGCAUCCACGAGUGGGGUACGUGCGUGCGUAUGUGUGCCAAAGCAUCAUGCAUGGUAUAGCAUUCCCAGGCAGGAAAGUUUGGCGACAAGUCUUCAAAUGGUUUUUAAUAAACUGGUUGACGAGAAUGUUUUUAAAGUGAACUUGGGCUAGAAUUUAUAAGUUAUUGCCAUUACCUUAAUUGCGCAUUCGUGUGGCGGCUGAAAAUGCACAUACGACGCAAUUUUCAGUAUAGAAAGCGUUGCGCAAAAACGCUUUCAUUAAAAUAUAUCCUGGAUAAACAUUUGAGAUAACAAAAUGCACAUUGUGUCCUGCAAUGAAUGGUCUUUGUUGGGAUGUUUCAACAUUACUCCUGUUCAGUCAUGGGAAUUUCGUACUACGCUUAGCAUGGUCGUCAAUGGAAAAUGUCUAUAACGCCUUAAUGCUGGACUGUACGGUGGCGACACAUGUGGGCGGCUUCGGUCAUCAGUGUUAAACCCUAUUUCAUUCGUUUUUCGCAAUCUGGAUACACGCGAGUCUCACACCACGCUGAAGCUGUCAGCGCUCAUUAUGUAAUAUACAGCGCUCAUAGUAGUAUUAUUAUAACCUAAUAAACUCUUAAAAU